AUGCACCCUUCGAUACAAAUACUAGGUAGAUCAGUAUGGAAAGGUCCUCAUAUAGGACCAUUACCAAUAGCAAAAGCCAUCCAAAACAAAACAAGUAUAAGAACAAAAGCAAGAAAUUGUACAAUUAUACCACAAUUUAUUGGAUUAAAAUUUGAAAUUCAUAAUGGGAAAGAUUAUGUUGAAGUUGAAAUUACUGAUGAUAUGGUUGGUUCUAAAUUAGGAGAAUUUGCACCAACUAGGAAAAGAUUUAUGUAUAAAUAUUCUAAGAAUUAG